UGCACAUGGCUCCGGGUAAAGUAUUGUAUCCUUCAGUAUUCGUGGUGGACAGUAAAAUGAAGCCCCCUCCGCUGCCCCCCAAGCCGGGCCGUAGACAGCGGAAGGAUGCGAUCCAGACUCUACUGGUGAUCCUGGUUUGUGUGGCACUGUGUGGCAUGGCUGUGGAGGCCUGUUUCAUCUACCAUCUGUUCACAUCAAAAGAAAACUCUACAUCUCCAGGUGAACCACAGAUUGGCAUGAGAAAACAAGGGAAAGACCAUGCUGUAACCCCCAAACAAAAACCGCUUGGAGAAAUGAAGCCAUCAAAACCAAUGGCACAACUGACAACUGGUCAGGUACCUGUAAAUGGAGUCGUGCUGUGGCAUGAGACUCAUCAAUCCAUUCUUCACCAUGUCAAACACAAGGCAAAUGAGGGCAAACUCAUCAUAGAGAAAGAAGGAUAUUAUUCCGUCUACUCUAAGAUCAACUUCAAGGAGGACAGCAUCGUAUUCAGCCACUCUGUACUCUGGGAAACGCUUCGAUACGUAGGAAAGGAGAUUUUGCUUCUCCAGUCAUCUAGGUUACAUCCUAAACUCCCGAGGUUGAGAACCAUAGACAACAGCUACCUAAGCGGGGUGUUUCAUCUGUACAAAGGUGAUGCUGUCUUUGUCAGGGUGAAAAACUGUACACUUGUGUUGUCCAAUGCUGCUGAGAACUACUUUGGUGUGUUCAUGGUUUAA